UGUUUCAUUAUUAUCGUUACUUCACAGGAACAGGAUGACAGAUUGCUGGUGAUGUACCCAUCGACCCUAAUCUUCUUAUCAGAGGAGAGCAAUGGGCUCUUCUAUAAGGGCAAACUUCCACUCAACAUGAUUACAGUAACCACUCCCUGUCAGGACGUCAAGCCCAACACCUUUAGGAUUGAAGGCAAGCUGAUCAACCCCAUAGUGGUGUCCUGUUUGGACAGGACAGAGUUCUACGACUGGAUCCAGCAGUUCAAAGCUGCUGACGUCCCUGUUGUCAGCCCCCCACCCCCCGUCUAUGACAUCAUUUACACGCCAACAAACACAGAGCAAACGACAAAGUUUGACAGAUGGAGUGGAAACAGCCAGGGGAGAGUGGAGUCUGUCAGAUACAGCCAGCCGCCAAGUGGACGCGGGUCCUUAAACCUUCAGCUACCAGUUCAUGAGGAAAACCCCAUGUCUCCUGGAUACGCCGAACCUCUCUGUUAUAGCUCCAGUCGCCCAUCCUCAGUCGAGACAACCCGCCUGGGCAGCAGGACCAACAGCGUGUCCUCCCAAAACAGACCAGAUCGUGACCAUAGACCUCUGUCGCUGCGCUACUCCUCUCCGCAGCAAGGCUCCUACCUGCAGCCUGCAGAGAGCUCCCCAUUGUCUCAGGUCUACAGCACUCCCUACUACGCCCUGCACCACGCCAGCCCACAACGGCUGGAGAAAGCCCCACUCAUAAAGUCUAACAGCUGGAGCACACCGCAGACGUCCCUGAACUACCCACUAAGCACCAGCCAACGUCACUCAGACCUGUGCGCCCCACGUCAGCCUUUGUCUCCUCUCUACGAUGAGCCAUGCACCCCAGAGAUCUUCAGCCUGGAGGAGGCCAGGCCAGUGCAGCAGAGCUGGAACAAACCCAUCCAGCACCACCAACCGGACACACAUCAACUUCCCUCCUCUUUCCAGCUGCGUACUCCCCCCAUGGGCAGACGCACCAGAAGAAGCCUGGUCCUGGCCAACAACAAGGCUACGUCCUUCGACAUGGAAAUGCCUCAAAGUGAAGAAGAGCAGAGAGCAGAGGCUGUGUCGAGGCUGAAGCUCCUGCCGAUGCCCUGCCAAGUUCAAGAGCAGAUGCCUCUCCCUUCAUGCUCUCAGAGGAACAUCUCUCACAUGCCAUAUGGUUACUCACCAGAUCGCCAUUCCUACCUCGAACCCACGGACCCAGAUGACCAGGAAGUGGACUAUGACAACAUUUGGGAGUACGACGGUGAGACUGGAAUGAUUCAGCCGGCUUGUGGAAUUUCGACACAGUGGACAGGAUUAGACUUUGGGGCCCGGGGCCUUGGUCCCAUGGCAACUCGCCAGAGAUGGUCGUAAAACAAAACAAAAGGCCGGCGCUCGUCUGGACGUGCUCAAACAUCAGAUCACUAUCAGAGGGAUAAUAAAAGCCAACGGUUGCAGCUAUAGCUGCUGCUGGUGUGUACAGAGUAAAGCAACAAACCUGAGGAAGUGCUUCGUCAGAUGUUAGUCGAGCCGAGGACAGAAUGGAGAGUGCGAAAGGAAAGAAAACAGUUCGACAGUGACAGACACGCUUUAUUUGUCUGGUUCAUAUGUAGCAUUUAAGACUGAAGUGUACAGUGCAUCGUGUGUAGCUUUAUUAUUAUUAUUAUUUUCUAUUCAUUAUUUAAAUGACUCAUUUGCAUUUUUUUCAGGAGUCGCUCAUAAACCUAUGUUUAAUGUUGUUUCUAAAUUAAAUCAUUCCAUUGCAGCUUUUUUUUUGGUGAACAGUAAGUUAGUUUGUUUUUGUAAAUGUUGUUAAUAAAGAUAGCUGCGUUCUUAACAGAAAUAGAUGUGGCUACAACCGAUUGACCUAAAGGUGCUAAUAUUGUAACUACGACCCCACCCCUUUGCUCUGUAAAUGUUUUACUUUUGUAUUC